AUGAGUCCUUGGCCAAGCAUUCGUGUGGGACAACAAGAUCUUAGUGAACUUGAUGAAGUUCAAGUGUUGUGUGGAGUGAACCAUGAAGAUUUGAAAGAGCUUUUUCAUGUGUCAAAAACAAUUAGAGAAGCGACUAUGAUGACUAAGGAAUUGCAUUUUGAUAUUAAAACACCAAAGAAGAAAAAAAUAGCUUUUCUUAAUACAUUUGAUUUGGAGGGUGCAAAAGGAUUUAAGGAAAAGCAAGCUCUAAACGGGCCGCUGAAGAAAACAAAAUCAAGGUUGCAUCGGAAGAAGUUGGAUAACAACAUCUCGCAGGCCUUGUUUGCUUUCAUGGAUGAAGAAGAACCACGAAAGGACAACUGCCACAGGAGGAGAAGGACAACUGAGGAUAAUGAUUAUUGAUUAGAAACCAGGAUGAUAGAUUAUGGAUAGAGAUUACAGACAUUACUUCCUUUGAUUAGAGAUGAAUUUGAUAUCUACUCUAAGACAUGUCAGUGGUCUAUUUUCUUUCACAUGUU